AUGACGAUUUAUAACCUCACAAAACUUUAUGGUCUUCCACUCUUGAGCAAGCAACUGGCUACAAAAGCCGCUCGCAAGAGUGCGCCCUCUACUGGAGGGGUGAAGAAACCUCAUCGUUACAGGCCUGGCACCGUGGCACUCAGUGAAAUUAGACGUUAUCAGAAGUCCACGGAACUUCUGAUUGGCAAACUUCCUUUCCAGCGUCUGGUGCGGGAAAUUGCUCGGGACUUCAAAACAGAUACGCGCUUCCAGACUGCAGCUUUUGGUGCUUUGCAGGAGACAAGUGAGGCCUAUCUGGUUGGCCUUUUUGAAGACACCAACCUGUGUGCUAUCCAUGCCAAACGUGUAACAAUUAUGCCAAAAGACAUACAGCUAGCACACCGCAUACGUGGAGAACAUGCUUAAGAAUCCACUAUGACGGGAAACAUUUCAUUCUUAAAAAAAAAAAAAAAUUUCUCUUUCUGUUAUUGGUAGUACUGAACGUUAGAUUCCCUCCCACCCCCGUGGGGUCAAAACGUACCUAAGUAUAUGAUUGCAGGUGGAAAAACAGGGGACAGAAAUCAGGUAUUGACAGUUUUUCCACUUUCAUUUGUGUGUGAAUUUUUAAUAUAAAUGCGGGGACAUAAAGCAUUAAUGCAAGUCAAAAUGUUUCAGUGAACAAGUUUCAGCUGUUCAACUUUAUAACAAUUAUAAAUAAACCUGUUAAAUUUUUCUGGACAAUGCCAACAUUUGGAGUUUUUUUAAAACAAGUAAAUUUCUUAUUG